AGCUAUCUUCAUCUAUUCUUAUAUGAUGCGGUCAUUACUUGUGCUCGUUGCGGUUGUUGCCGCUUUAUUUUUUAUUUGCGUUCAGUGUGCACCCAAAGAGUUCUCUUUAUAUAAACAAGAGCCUGAUAGAAGUCCAAUACGCAUUUUUGAAACCAUUGGAGGAGGACAUACUUUAGGCAAAACAGCUUUGAAUAGAAUCGAAGGAGGAAGGACUUUGUAUACUUCAAAGAACGGGCAAGUUACUGGCAAACUUAUUUAUCCCGAACAAAUUAAUUGGGAUAUACUAUUAGCUAGAGGUCUAGAUAGUAUCGGCGGAAGUAAUUUACUUGGAAGAGAUGCCAUGCCAGGUGACAUUGGAUCAGGAUAUCGACUAAGGAGUUUGGAUAGUAUAGGAGGAAGUAAUUUACUUGGAAGAGACGCCAUGCCAGGUGACAUUGGAUCAGGAUAUCGACUAAGGAGUUUGGAUAGUAUAGGAGGAAGUAAUUUACUCGGAAGAGACGCCAUGCCAGGUGAUAUUGGAUCGGGCUAUCGACUUAGGAGUUUGGAUAGUAUAGGAGGAAGUAAUUUACUUGGAAGAGAUGCCAUGCCAGGUGAUAUUGGAUCAGGAUAUCAACUGAGGAGUUUGGAUAGUAUAGGAGGAAGUAAUUUACUUGGUAGACAACUUGAUGAUAUUGGUGGUGGUAAUUUGAUUGGUAGAGACGCAAUGCCAUGCGAUAUUGGUUGUUAAUAUUUGAUGAAGAUUGAAAUUAUUGUUUAAAUAAAUGUUUUUACAAUAA